AUGUCCCUGGCCGUCCACGUUUCCAUUCAGGCAGCGGACCUGGCAGAACAGCUGGGUGACCAGUUUUCUGCGAGAGACAUUGCCCAGCUGCCUGCUGCACCUCCCCUUGCUGCGCUGAAGUAUCCUGCCAAUUGCCACCAUCCUGGGUGGACAGCCGCACAAGUACAAGAGCUGUGCUGCGAACCCAUCAGGAAACACGAGUUGGAGGCUGCCCUUGCAGGACCGAAAAGACGAAGUGCCCUGGGAGCUGAUGGUGUCACCUUCCAGAUGCUCCGUAACCUGGACGGAGCUGGCCGCCAGCACCUGCUUGAGUACUACAACGACGUCUGGAGCAGUGGGGGUCCUACCGGAGUCAUGGCGCACUGCGGUUGUCGCCCCGAUCCUGAAGCCCCGGAGAAAGCCAUGGCCCUCUCCUCGUACAGGCCAGUCUCUCUCACCUCAGCACCCUGCAAGGUGCUGGAAAAGGUGGCCUUGGAGCGACUCGAGUGGAUUGCUGGCCAACUCGAGUUCUUCCCGGAACAACUGACUGGCUUCAGGCGCCACCGGUGCACAGCCGACUCCAUUUCCGAUGUCGUCUCCACCCUUGAGGAUGCCAAGAGCUGUGGUGACGUGGCCAUGCUGCUCCUGCUGGACGUGGAGAGUGCCUUUGACAGUCUCCCACACGAGGUCGUCGAGACGUCGCUGGACCGGUUUGGCGUUCAAGGGUGCCUCCGCAGCUUCGUGACUGCCUUCCUGACCGGCAGGACCUUCCGGGUUCGAGUCGGAAAGGAGACCAGCAAACCCAGGGACAUCACCGCAGGUGUACCACAGGGCUCUGUGCUGAGCCCCUUCCUGUUCAACCUGGCGAUGGCAGGGCUCCCCGCUUCUCUUCCUACAGGCACCAGGUUGCCGGCCCACUGCUCUGUCUACGCCGACGACGUGGCACUCUGGGCCCGGGGACCGAGGCGGUCCGUUCCAGCCAUCAGGACGUCACUGCAGGCGGCCCUUGAUGCGGUGUCCGCCUAUCUGAGUGGCAUCGGACUCAAGGUCUCCGCAACCAAGACCGAGGCCCUGCUGAUCCACCCGCUGACCGCAGCACGACGCUACGUGAAGCAGCUGAGAGUCGGCAACCGCAACCUGCCUUGGAAGCUGACGGUGAAGUACCUGGGGCUCACCAUCGACCACCGUCUCACCUGGGUCCCAGCUGCCAAGGUCGCCUGCACACAGGUACGGCGUGUUCAGGGAGCCAUCAGCAAGCUGCAGCAGCGUGGACGCGGCUGCUCAACUAAGCUGGCGCUUCGACUCAGCCAGGCUUCAGCGUCCUCAGUCCUGCUGUACGCCUUUCCACUGGUGGCCCUGACGCCUGCCAGGAGACUGAACCUGGAGGGACAUCACAGGAGAGCAGUGAGGGCCAUCCUGGGGCUCCCCACGUACUCCCCCGUGGCAGCAACCCUGGCCGAGGCUGGAGAGUGGCCCCUGUCCCUGCACGUGCUCCAGCGUGCUCUGGGGCAAGUAGACCGCCUACACAGUGCUGCCGAUGGCAUAACCCUCCUGGAGCGACUUCGCAGACAGCCGAGGUCACGGAUGGGUGGUCUCUGUGCACUCUACCACCAGAUGGUCCCGGACCCGCCAGUCCCGGUGGCCCCUCCACCACCCCACCACCAGCCGCCUGAGGUCCACCUGUACCUGGACGGGGUAACCAAGCGCCGAACACCUGCUGCAGCACUGCAACAGGCCGCCGUCUCCAAGCUCCACCAGCAACUGGCAGGGUGGCUCCAGGUUUUCACUGACGGAUCCGUCAUGCCAGAUGAUUCAGUGGCGGCCGCCUGCGUCAUCCCAUCCCGGGCCAUCAGCAGGCAGUGCCGACUGCCCUUCCCGGUGAGCUCGACGGCUGCUGAGCUGGCAGGGCUACACCUGGUGGCGGACCUGCUGGCCGAGGACCUUCCGGCUCAACCGGUUGCAGUCCUGUGUAACAGCAAGGCAGCCAUGCAGAUGCUGGCCAACCAUCGCCGUGCCGGGCUCACGGGGAGUCUCCUGGCAACCAAGUACUGGUCCCUGCAGCAGCCGGGACCUGGCAACGAGGAGGCGGACACGCUGGCCAAGGCAGCAAACCAGCUGGGAACCCCCAUCACCCAAGCCGUGGUGGUGAGAGACUACACGCAGGCCCUUAUCAAGAAGCUCCUCGCCUUGGUCCACCCGGGCCAGAGGGUGGCCAAUGGGCGGGGACCCAGGCGUCUUCCCGAGGCAGGCCUCACCAGGAGAGAACGAGCCAACCUGCUGCGGCUGCGGACCGGAUGCGUGUGGACCGCGGCCCGCCGCUACCUCAAAGGAUGCUGCGCCUCCCCAGCCUACAGCCGCUGCGGCGACCUCGAGACCCUCGAGUACCUCCUCUGUGCCUGCCCAAGACGUCACAGUUCGACAGAAUUUGUGGCGCGAUCAUGA